AUGUCGUUGUCGACUCGUUCUCAAGGUUUUGGGAGGCCCUCUUCAAUCAAGCAGUUUUAUGUGGAUGUUGACAAGGAAGAGUGGAAGCUAGAGACACUAUGCGACAUCUUUGAGCUGACCCUUAAAGCUUAUAAAUCCAUCACUCAUUGUAUCGUCUUUGUGAAUACUAUCGACAAAGUGGACUGGCUCACGGACAAGAUGCGAAGCAGAGAUCAUUAUGUCAUUCAUGGUGACAGGGACCAGAACACUAUGGAUACCAUUGAACGUGAGUUUCUUUUCGAGUCUGGCUCUCCUCAAGUUCUCAUUACCACCGACCCCCUCGUUUGUGGUACAGAUUUGCAUAAAGCGUCUCUGGUCGUAAACUAUGAUCUCCCAACUGUGCCUGAAAACUAUCUUAACCAUAUAGGCCGGAGUGGGAAAUUUGCUAUAAACUUCAUGAUAGAGGAUGAGGCUAAUAUGCUCAUAGAUAUUCAGAAAUUCUACAACAUGGUUAUAGAGGAGCUGCCAUGUAAUUUUGAAGAUUUACUCUGAUGAGUUAGUUUUUGUUCUUAUGUAAAGUUAUUGGGACAAGUACUAUCUUUUGAUAUUUUGGAAUAAAAAUAUAUUCCUUUCCAUUUUA